UAAUAAAAUAAUUUGACAUUUUACAUUUUAUCAAGUAAAAAUUUGGACUUGUGACGAUUUUUGUAAAUAAUAGUAAAGUUAAUAUUUCCAUGUAACUUUAACUUUGCGUGCAUCCUUAUAUUGAGGUCUGGUUUCUGUCCUAACUAUAAAUGUAGAAAUGGCGUAUACCGAAAAGGUGUUAUUGAGUGGAACCGCUCUGUCAUUUCUAUUUUAUGAGUGUGUUAACUCGGGCAAUAGUCAGGAAGGUUUCCUAAUUGGCGAUGUGACUUCAGAAAUAACCAACCACAUUUCUGACACCCAGAGUGAUAACACCCGCCUAGACACUCAAAUUAAUAUAAAAACGGUACUCCCUCUACCUUCUGUAUCCCUGUUUUAUUUUCCUACAGGCAGAAUAAAGGAAGACAUCCUUUCUGAUAUGUUAGCUAGCACUGCCAGUGAAAUUGUGGGUUGGUACAAAUAUAGGAAAAAUGCAAACAUCAAGCCUACUUUUAGAGAUAAAUUAAUAUCAAAAGGAUUACAAAAAUACUUUGAAAAACACCAUGGAAAGAAGAAUUUUGUUUCAUGUAAUAUAUCAAACAAGGCAUCAUCUUCUGGAUCUACACACACUUUCAUGUACAGAUUUGGGAAAAUUAAUUGUUUUGAUAUGUAUGAAUACAUUGAAGAUGUAACAGCGAAUUUAGGGGAAAAAUACACAGGAUACAAGAAAGCACAUAAGUCACCUCCACACAGUAUUUUUAGUAAGAUUGUAAAGGACAGUAAAGUACAGGUCAACAAUACAAAUGAUGCAAUAUUAACUAUUCAAGAAGCUGUGGAUGCGAAACUGGUAAAAGAAGCUAAAAUUGCUGCUAAAAAUGAAUGUACUAUCAGAGAACUUGAAGCAGAAAUUAAGCAAAUGGCUACUAUUUUAUCAGAUAAACAAUCAUUUGAAUUACAAUCAACAUACAACAAGUACAUGGAGGAAAAAGCUAUGAACAGAGAGGCUGAAAUGGCUAAAGCUUGUUUAGAAGCAUUGAAGAUUCCUUUAAAAGUAGACAUAUUAAAUGCUAAAAAUGUUCCCAGAAACUCUAAUAAUAUGGACUCUGAAGAUUCAGUGCAGUUAAUUGAGAAUGUUAGUGGUUUAAGUCCCUCAUUACUACAAGCCGGCUCAUCUAAACAAGGGCUUAAUUACGCUGCUGCUUUAAAAAGCAAAAGUGAAACAGCAUCUACAAGUAAAGAACAAAACCACAGUGACGAUUUGAUAAUUUUUGAUGUUGAAGAUAACCAUGUGAAAAAGACUGUGAAAGUGAAUGAAGAAAUAAACUGUGGUGAUAGUUCACCAGAAUAUUAACAAGUGCCUUUAUAACUUAAGUUUUUAAAUAAAUGUAGGAUAAGUUACCUUAUAAGUGAAUCUUGUAACUAUUCUGAGGGCUUAGUACGAGUUUGUUUUAUAUUUAAAGUAAUCGAAACGAGAAUGUGUUCACUGCUAUGAUUGGUCGGCUCCAAUAAACCAACCUAAUGCAAUCUCGUCUAAAUUAGUUUAAACGUAAAAUAAAAUCAUACUCAGGCCUCCGUCUCUUGUUUGUUACUAAUAAUACUCAGAAUGUUAUGUAAAGAUUAUUGUAUACAUUAUGAUUCUUCAAUGCACAUUGUUUAUGUUGAAUGCAGACAGGCAUCUAUUGCUGUAUUCACUUCUUAUUGUUGUUUUAUCUCAUUUACUUAAUUCUAUCUUAAGUUAUAGUAUGCUGGCUGAUAAUAAUGUUAAAUACUUAGCAUCGGGUUAUUGACUUAAAUAUUUUCUAUUUUUAUUGUUCUGUUUUAAACUUAAUGUUAGGAUUUCAUAAAUACAAAUGUAAAUAAAGCAGUUGAGCCAUUUAGUUUUAUUCAAAUUUUAUUUUUUUAUGUAAUCCUAGACGGUCUGCUUAAUAAAGAACAUUCCCAAUUACUAUUAAGGAAUGAAAUGUGUGUAUAUAAUAUCCAUAUAAUGUAGCUAAGCAAAAUAGGACUUUUGGUAAAUCAAUUAAUCUUCUUGUAGGGCUAAUAUUACAUCAAUACUAAAAAGAAAAUUGUCUGAUAAAAUAAUUAUUAUCCCAAGUUUGUAAUAAAUACUUUA